CGACACCAGCGCCCGUAAUAUUUUAAUCGGCCGUACACAAUCCGCAUUCCGGUGGUUCCGAUCGUUUUCGCGUUCAAUCAUUCGUUUCGCCGGCGUCCGUUCUGUACGUACACAUCGCUCGCCAUACGCAGACAACAGUUUUUUCUUGUCGAUUUUCACGAGUUUCGUCGCAACAAAAACCGCAGAAAAAUGGUGUUAGUACUUGAACAACCUGCCCCAAAAUUCAAGGGUACUGCUGUUGUCAAUGGAGAGUUUAAAGACAUUUCAUUAGAAUCAUUCAAAGGAAAAUAUGUUGUUUUAUUUUUCUAUCCAUUGGACUUUACUUUCGUGUGCCCAACUGAAAUAAUUGCGUUCUCUGAUCGUGCUAAUGAAUUUGCUGCUAUCAAUUGUCAGUUAAUUGCAGCCUCUUGCGAUAGCCACUUCAGUCAUUUGGCUUGGGUAAACACUCCUCGUAAUGAAGGCGGUUUAGGUAAAAUGCAAAUUCCUUUGUUGGCUGAUAAGUCUGCUGCUAUUGCCAAGGACUAUCAAGUUUAUAAUGAAGCUACUGGAAUACCAUACCGUGGCUUGUUUAUCAUCGAUGAUAAAGGAAACUUGAGACAAAUUACUAUCAAUGAUUUGCCUGUUGGACGAUCUGUCGAUGAAACUUUGCGUCUUGUUCAAGCAUUCCAAUAUACUGAUGAACAUGGAGAAGUUUGUCCAGCCAACUGGAAACCAGGUAGCAAGACCAUUAACCCAUCAAAAUCCAAGGACUACUUCAAAACUGUCGAAUAAAUGUUAUCACAUAAUAAAAGAUAACACUAUGUUUCUUUUUACUAAUGAAUUAUUUUUUUAAUUAUCUUAUUGAAAUUAAUUUGUUUAUAAGACAAAAGUUAAAUUAGUGGGAAUAAGGUAUUAAACUUUUUUUUAAAAUUAAGUAGCAGUUCCACAGUUAACUAAGUGAUAAAUUUUUUUGUAUCCAGAUUUUUAUUUAUUGCCAUUUACUUAAAAUUUAAUUUAAAAAAACCUUGAUUAAAUAAAAGAUUUUCCGUUAUA